AACGAUUCCGUCCUUUUGGAUGCGACACAUUGGACGCCUUCAGCUCAUCACGGCGGUGUAAUCAGAUGCGGCGAUUUCUUUAGAUUCGGAUCGGUUAGUUCAUCACAGCGAUGCAAUCAA